AUGGCGCCAAAUGCCCUUGACAGCACUGCAAAAAGCUAUAAAAGGACCAAGUCACCAUGGAUGUCCGAGGAUGUCCAGGCAGCACUCGACUGGUUCAGCACAGCUAUCAUGUCGCGCUCAAGCUUUCUUCAAGCUUCAACGCUACUCUCCUCAUUCCUGGCGUUGACAUCCGGCCAGACACCUAUCAGUUCGUCCGACGGCGGUUGGAGCACGACGCUAGCUGGCACGCCCACUGCGUUUCGUCCUGUCUUUACCAUCCCUCCCUCGGCGGAUGAAGGCGUUGAGCAGAUCCCUAACGUUUACGAUCCGCAAGCUGUCAACGCGCAAGAUGUCUGCCCAGGCUACAAGGCGUCCGGUCUCGAACAAGGUGACCGUGGACUGAGUGCAACCUUGACAUUGGCUGGAGCAGCUUGCAAUGCUUAUGGCACCGAUAUUGAAGAGCUAGACCUCAAGGUUGAAUACCAAGCGAAGGGAAGGUUGGCUGUUAGCAUCGUACCCAAGCAUCUUGAUGCCAGCAACCAGUCCCAAUGGAUUGUGCCCGAGAGUCUCAUCCCACGGCCGCAAGCAGAAGCCUCGUCUGAAGGUACAGACCUGAAGUUUGACUGGGGUAACGAACCAUCGUUCUGGUUCAAUGUUGGCCGUCGCUCUACAGGAGAUGUCAUCUUCACCACUCAAGGCACGAAGCUCAUUUAUGAGAACCAGUUUGUCGAGUUCGUCAACAGCCUGCCUGAGGACUACAACCUCUACGGUCUAGGAGAACGUAUCCAUGGCCUCCGCCUGAACAACAACUUCACCGCAACCAUCUAUGCUGCCGAUGUUGGUGACCCAAUCGACCGUAAUCUGUACGGUAGCCAUCCAUUCUACCUAGAAACUCGCUACUUCGAAAAGGGUGGCAAUGGUAGCAAGACGCCUCUGAAGCAGUCCGAGCUCCAACAGCCCAGCAUCGGCUACGAAAACAAACCCGCCGGCUCGCCGUACGAGUCGCGCUCUCAUGGUGUUUACUACCGCAACACGCACGGCAUGGAUGUUGUUAUGAAGCCUGAUCACCUUACGUGGAGAACAUUGGGAGGUGCAAUCGAUCUGUUCUUCUACGAUGGUCCUUCUCAACCGGAGGUGACCAAGGAGUACCAGAAGUCAGCGAUUGGACUGCCUGCUAUGCAACAGUACUGGACAUUCGGUUUCCAUCAAUGCCGAUGGGGAUACCGCAACUGGACGGAGACGAGAGAGAUUGUUGAGACUAUGAGGGCCUUUAACAUCCCUAUGGAAACAAUUUGGCUCGACAUUGACUACAUGGACCAAUACCGAGACUUCACGCUUGAUCCAGUGUCGUUCCCUCCCUCGGGUGUCAAGGACUUCUUUGACUGGCUUCAUGGAAACAACCAGCACUUCGUACCUAUCGUGGAUGCCGCUAUCUACAUUCCGAACCCACAGAAUGCUAGUGAUGCUUAUGAUACUUACGCUCGUGGGAACGAGUCUGGUGUAUUCCUGAAGAACCCUGAUGGUAGUCAAUACAUCGGUGCUGUGUGGCCUGGAUACACCGUCUUCCCAGACUGGCUGUCUUCCAACGGUGUAGCAUGGUGGGUCAAGGAGAUGGUUGAGUGGUACAAGGAAGUGCCAUACAGCGGCUUCUGGGUCGAUAUGACUGAAGUUUCCUCAUUCUGCGUCGGUUCAUGCGGUACCGGUAACGUUACCAUGAACCCUGUUCACCCGCCCUUCUCUCUCCCUGGCGAGGUGGGCAACGUCGUUUUCGACUAUCCAGAAGGCUUCAACAUCACCAACGCAACUGAGGCCGCUUCGGCUUCAGCCGGCGCUUCAAGCCAGGCCGCACCGACAGCGCCUACGGAGGAGGCUGCUACGACUACCAGCUACUUCCGAUCAACGCCUACACCUGGUGUGCGCAACGUCAACUACCCUCCAUACGUCAUCAACCAUGUCCAAUCCGGAGCUGAUCUUGCUGUCCACGCAGUCAGUCCCAACGCAACGCAUCAGAAUGGCGUUGAAGAGUACGAUGUCCACAACCUUUUCGGUCACCAGAUCAUCAAUGCCACCUACCAGGGUCUUCUUCAAGUCUUCCCUGGCAAACGACCUUUCAUUAUUGGACGUUCCACCUUUGCUGGUAGCGGCAAGUGGGCUGGUCACUGGGGUGGUGACAACGCUUCUAAGUGGGCUUACAUGUUCUUCUCAAUUCCUCAGGCUCUAUCAUUCUCGCUGUUCGGUAUUCCCAUGUUCGGUGUCGACACCUGUGGAUUCAACGGAAAUACUGACAUGGAGCUUUGCGCCCGCUGGAUGCAACUCUCUGCUUUCUUCCCCUUCUACCGCAACCACAACGUGCUCUCCGCCAUCCCACAGGAGCCCUACCGCUGGGACGCCGUAGCUUCUGCAUCCAGGACCGCGAUGCACAUCCGAUACUCUCUCCUACCCUAUAUGUACACCCUCUUCAAUGAUGCCCACACCACUGGCUCCACUGUCAUGCGUGCGCUAGCAUGGGAGUUCCCCAAUGAGCCUCAGCUCGCAGGUGUUGACACACAGUUCAUGCUGGGUCCUAACAUCCUGAUCACUCCUGUUCUUGAGCCUCAAGUCGACACCGUCAAUGGAGUAUUCCCUGGUAUUGUUGACGGUGAGAGCUGGUUCGACUGGUACUCCGGCGAGCGCGUUGAGGCUGAAGCUGGCGUCAACACUACCAUCUCUGCCCCUCUUGGUCACAUCCCUGUAUACGUCCGCGGCGGCUCAGUACUACCCAUCCAAGAGCCCGGUUACACCACGACCGAGUCCCGGAAGAACCCAUGGGGUCUCAUCGUUGCGCUUUCCACAGAUGGUACUGCCUCUGGCAACCUCUACGUCGAUGAUGGCGAGUCUCUCGAGCCAGAAUCGUGCCUGGAUGUUACUUUCGCUGCUAUGACUGGACAACUGAAGGUCAAUGUUGAGGGCGAGUUCAAAGACACGAACGCGCUUGCCAAUGUGACCAUUCUAGGUGCUCCGUCUGUUGGUCAGGUCAAGUUGAACGGCGAGACCAUCGAUGCAAGCAAGGUGAACUACAACUCGACUAGCAGCGUCCUGAAGCUAUCAGGCUUGAACGACUUGACUAGUGGAGGAGCUUGGCAGGGAAGCUGGACCCUAAGCUGGGAGUAA